GCGCCGGAGCGACUGCUCCAGCCCUGCGCCCGGGGGAGGGGAGACUUUGUCCGGAUACGUGGUGGAACUUGAGGCGGUCCUAGAGACCCACGCACACCGUCAGACAAGUCCGGGAUCAUCCCAGCCAGCCCCUCCACCAUUUACCAAACUCAAAAAUGGCACCCUCCACUUCUUCCCAACUCCUCUCUGCGCUAUUAAUCGCACUUUCCGCCUCAGUCGUGAACUCCCAGUAUGAAAAAUACAGCUUCAGGAGCUUCCCCAGGAAUGAGCUGAUGCCUCUGGAGUCCGCUUACAAAUACGCGCUGGACCAGUACACCGGGGAGAAGUGGAAGGAGACGGUGGAGUACAUGGAAGUGUCCCUGCGGCUGUACCGGCUGCUGCGGGACAGCGAGGCCUUCUGCAACCUCAACUGCAGCUCCGUGCGGCUGGACGACGAGCAGAAGUUUGCGGAGUUUCCAGAACUGCGUGCGUUUGGCAAUGUGAUGAAGAGGGCGCAGUGCCUCAAGCGCUGCAAGCAGGGGCUGCCCGCUUUCAGGCAGACCAUGCCCAGCCGGGACACCAUAGAUGAGUUUGAAAGGAGAGAGCCGUACAAAUACCUGCAGUUCGCCUACUUCAAAUCUGAAAACCUGGCCAAGGCGGUGUCUGCUGCCCACACCUUCCUGCUCAAACAUCCAGAUGAUGAGAUGAUGCAGAGGAACAUGGCCUACUACAAGAGUCUGCCUGGAGCCGAAGAACACCUCAAAGACCUGGAGACCAAAUCCUAUGAGACAUUGUUUGUGCGUGCAGUGCGGGCGUAUAAUGGAGAAAAUUUCCGUACCUCGGUGUCAGACAUGGAGCUGGCUCUGCGGGACUUCUUCAAGGUCUAUGAUGAGUGUCUGGCUGCGUCUGAGGGCCCCAGGGACAUCAAAGACUUUAAAGACUUCUACCCUUCUAUAGCCGAUCACUACAUAGAGGUCCUUGACAGGAAAGUGACGUGUGAAAGUGACCUGACACCGGUCGUAGGGGGUUUUGUGGUUGAGAAGUUUGUGGCCACCAUGUACCACUACUUGCAGUUCGCCUAUUACAAAUUAAAGGAUCUGAAGAACGCAGUACCUUGUGCAGCCAGCUACAUGCUCUUUGACCCCAGUGAUGAGGUUAUGAAGAAUAAUGUGGCCUAUUACCAGUACCACAAAAGCCAGUGGGGACUGACAGAGGAGGACUUCCUCCCCAGAUCAGAGGCAUUGCGGUACUACAAUCAGACUACCAUGCAGCUACAGAUGUUGGAGUUCUCUAAACAGCGCCUGGUGAGCGACGAUGAGGGGGAGGUGGUGGAGUUUAUAGAUGAGUUCCUGGACGAGGAUAAUUUCCCCAUGUUGGAAAGUCCGCCGAAACACUGAAAAACAAACACAAACAACAAAACAGCACCAACACUCCCCAGUUUGUAUUUACUGUGUUUUGUACAAGGCUCUGAUUGCUCACUGUGUUUUCACCUGCAGAUCCACAUUCUGAGUAUUUAAAAUUUCCUCUUUUGUGCACUAAAUAUCCAGAUGAGUGGCUCACGGAUUUAAAGACAAUGAUGAUAAUAGAGAUAGAAAUAUUUUUACUUGCUGUUAUAUGGAGUCAUUCCUCCACUGUGAAUCAUGUAUGUUGUCUUUCAAAAAGGGUACUUUUUACAAUGAAUUGCUAAUAAAACUUGCCAAACAUCA